GGCGGGCUCCAUUACGACAGCGAGCCUCGGAAAAAGAGCGUGAACAUGACGGAGUGCGUGCCGGUGCCCAGCUCGGAGCACGUCGCGGAGAUCGUGGGCAGGCAAGGUUGUAAAAUCAAAGCUCUGCGGGCGAAGACCAACACCUACAUCAAGACCCCGGUGCGCGGGGAGGAGCCGCUCUUUGUUGUGACGGGCAGAAAGGAAGAUGUGGCCAUGGCCCGCAGGGAGAUCAUCUCGGCGGCCGAGCACUUCUCCAUGAUCCGAGCUUCGAGGAACAAGAACACGGCCUUGAAUGGCACCGCCCGGCCCCCCAACCUGCCUGGCCAAACCACCAUCCAGGUGCGGGUGCCUUAUCGUGUGGUGGGCUUGGUCGUGGGGCCCAAAGGGGCCACGAUUAAGCGCAUCCAGCAGCAGACGCACACCUACAUUGUGACGCCCAGCCGGGAUAAGGAGCCGGUCUUCGAGGUGACGGGCAUGCCCGAGAACGUGGACCGGGCACGGGAGGAGAUUGAGGCGCACAUCGCCAUGCGAACCGGCGGCAUCAUCGAGCUGACGGACGAGAAUGACUUCCACGCCAACGGCACGGAUGUUGGCUUUGAGCUGAAUGGCACGGGCAGCCUGUGGAGCAAGCCCACGCCGCCCAGCAUCACACCUACCCCGGGCCGCAAACCCUUCUGCAACUACCGCAACGACAGCUCCAGCUCGCUGGGCAGCGCGUCCACCGACUCCUACUUCGGGGGUGGCACGGGGGGCGGCGGGGCCCGCCUGGCCGACUACAGCCCCCCCAGCCCGGCACUCAGCUUCACCCACAACGGCAACAACAACAACAACAGUGCCAACGGCUACGUCUACGGCGGAGGCGGUGGGGACGUGCUCUCCUCCCCAGACUGCUGCUCCGAGCUGCCCUUCGACUCGCCACCUGGCUUCGACCUGGCACCCGCCCCGCCGCCCGGGGCUGCCCUCCUCUGG